GCGGGCUCCGGCGUUCCGGAGUGUCGGGAGCAUCUCUUCAAGGUCCUGGUGAUCGGGGAGCUGGGCGUCGGUAAAACCAGCAUUAUCAAGCGAUACGUGCACCAACUCUUCUCCCAGCACUACCGGGCCACCAUCGGGGUGGAUUUCGCGCUCAAAGUCAUCCACUGGGACAGCAAAACCCUGGUGCGGCUGCAGCUCUGGGAUAUAGCAGGCCAGGAGCGCUUUGGAAAUAUGACGAGAGUAUACUACAAAGAGGCAGUUGGUGCUUUUGUGGUCUUUGAUGUUACAAGAGGCUCCACUUUUGAGGCUGUUUCCAAAUGGAAGAGUGAUUUGGACAGUAAAGUGCUACUUCCCAAUGGCAACCCCAUCCCUGCUGUUCUUCUUGCGAACAAGUGUGACCAGAAGAAAGAUGGCAACCAGAAUCCCUCUCAGAUGGACCAGUUCUGCAGAGAAGGUGGCUUUGUUGGAUGGUUUGAAACAUCUGCCAAGGACAACAUCAACAUAGAGGAAGCUGCUCGAUUCUUGGUGGAAAACAUCCUCACCAACUACAAAACUUUUCCCAAUGAAGAGAAUGAUGUGGGGAAACCAAAAGUGGACCUAGACCCAUUGAAAGCAGAGAGUAAAUCACAGUGCUGCUAAUGCUACCACUGCUCAGUAAAUGUGAUGGGAUGAGCAGCAAGACUGUUCCUUAAAUCAAACUGCUGCUAUGGUGCUGCAUUGCGACAAUCCAUAUGGGGUAUCUGGUAUUAUCUGAAUAGGUGAUUCUUGUGGGUGUUUACAUAUUCUUGUUUAGCAGGAAAUGGAGUAUCUUGUGAGUUAUCACUCCACUUUCUUGAGUGUCUGCAUCUAAAUCCAAUUAAUGUCUUCUUACUUGAGAACAUAAGGUAGUGCUUACACUCCUAAAAAGGAACAAAGACAACAUUCAGUGUCUAGUCAACUUCAUUGUCUAAUUGGCUUUUAGGACAUAUGCUACAUUCCAAAUAGGACUCACUCCUCAUGGUUUUAGCUGAACAGAGACUUGUACCUU